AUGGACUUGGAAUGGGAUCGACUACUGCAAUGGCUGAAUGAAAAAGGGAUGGAUGUACGCAAGGAUAAACUACCAGUAGAAAGGCGGAAAAGUAUUGGUGGAUGCGGCCUAUUCGUCUUGCGACCUUUCGCUCCGUCUGAAGUACUUUUUCGGGUACCAGCUGCUGCUAUGAUGAACAUAAAGACACUUUCUCCUUUGUAUCCUUUCAAAAAAUUGGAUGCCGUGCAGAUGGUGUCUCUGCAUUUGGCCAUACACCGUGGAAAUCCCUCCAUGGACCCGCACUUUGGGCCUUAUAUCUCUCUCUUACCUCGGGACUUUUCCUUCCAUCCUUUAACAUGGAUAGUCGAAGAAAAUACUCAAAUUCUAUCGUUUGUUCCUCCGAGCGCAUUGAGAGCUUUGGACAAGAUGCUACAACGAUUCUGCUCAGACUUUCGCAAGGUCUCUCAGCAAAUGGAAAGCAUAGAUCGUUCAGAUUACUUGUGGGCGUGGUUAAAUGUCAAUACAAGAUGCAUCUACCGACGUCUGAAAGCAAAGCAAUCCGAUCCUGACAACUUCACUAUGUGCCCUGUUUUGGACUUUGCCAACCAUAGUGCUCAUCUCCCUCACAUAUCACCACGUCCUUCGACUGCCGACAAAUUGAAUGUACCACCGCGUGAGCGGUUCGGUGAGGACAUGGUAUUUAUAUCCCCCGCUGAUAAGCACUUGGAUGACGAUGAAGAGAUAUUCCUAAAGUAUGGUUCACACUCUAAUCAAACACUCUUUGUCGAAUAUGGUUUUGUCCUUCCCAUACUUUCGGAAGUAUCGUCCCCUGCCAGAGAAGUCGAUGGAGAAGUCGACGUCUUUGACUUCGUGGAGCCUCUUUUCACGGGCAAAGCAAAUCAUCUUCAGGAACUUCUAGAUCGAGAGAACUAUUGGGGAAAUUGGACUCUGCAUCGAUCGAGAGAAUCUGCAUAUCCUUCUUUUCGUCUGCUCGUUGCAUUGCGUUUAUAUCACUUAGCGCGGGAUGGAAAUUCUGAAGAGCUACUGAGGCCUUGGAAAGACACUUUGCUAGGACAUCGAGACACCAUCUCGAAAGAGAACGAGGAGAACGUCCGAAGAACAAUUGCCGAGAUAUGUGGCCAAGUGGUGCAAAGAGGAGAGAUGCGUGUAGCCGCUAUCAAGGAUGCACAAAAGUCUGCUUCUGGUUGGGCAAUCAACGCGUUUACGACCAUCGAGACGCUCUGGCUAGAAGAGAUUCUCGUUAGUCAGGAAAUGUCUAAAAGUAUCUCGAGUGGAAUACCAUUUUGA